CAGUGCCGUUUCCGCCCGGCCUGGGGAGCAGCCGUCGUACCGCUGCCAGGGGGAGGGGCUGGCGCCGCCGCCGCGGGCUCGCUGCCGCCGGCCGCCCAGGAAACGCCGUGGCGCUCAGCCGGGCCUAGUGCCGCGCGGGGCCCGGGGAACGGGCCGGCCAGGUUUCCCCAUGUCCGUGACGUGUUGGCCGAGGCUCUGCGGCUCCUCUCCGCCCUCGGAGCGGCCAGUCGCUGCCCUCUGGACUCCGUGAUCCCCGACGGGCGUCAUGAGCAUUGCAAUCCCUCUGGGAGUCACCACACCAGAUACGUCCUACUCCGACAUGGCUGCAGGAUCGGACCCAGAGUCUGUGGAAGCUAGUCCAGCUGUCAGUGAGAAGAAUGUGUACUCCAGCCACGGCUAUGGGGCCACCCAGAAACACAGCUAUCGCGGGCUGCCUUACGCAGAUCAUAAUUAUGGAGCCCCUCCUCCUCCAACGCCACCAGCCUCUCCUCCUGUCCAGACCAUUAUACCUCGUGCAGAACUGAACGGCUUGCACUCACCUGAUGAGGAGAAUUCCGGGGACACUGAGAGCUCCUCAGAAGGAGAAUCAAUUCCCACUUGGUGCCACUGCAGUGUUUCUCAAGAUGGUUUCCUCCUCAAGUGUGAGAAGUGCAGAGGAAUGAGCAGGGGGAAGGUGAUCAGACUCCGCCGCCGGAAGCAGGACAACGUGUCAGGUGGGGACAGCAGUGCAACUGAGAGCUGGGAUGAAGAACUAUCUCCCUCUACAGUGCUGUACACAGCUACGCAGCACACCCCUACAAGCAUCACGCUGACUGUCAACCGCGUCCGCAGAACCAAACCGAAGAAGAGGAAGAGGAGCACAGAAAAAGCUCGCACUGCUCCAAAGGCCAAAAAGAUCAAGGCUUUUCGAGAGGGCUCACGAAAGUCUUUGAGAAUGAAGAAUUCCCCUUCUGAAGCACAUGCGUUGGAUGAAAACACAGCUGAAGGGUGGGAGAAUCGAAUACGACUCUGGACAGAUCAGUAUGAAGAAGCCUUUACGAACCAGUACAGUGCUGAUGUACAAAACCUGUUGGAGCGUCAUCUGAACUCUAAUAAAGACUACAUGGGCAAAACUGCUAUGCUAGACACAAUCAACAAAACAGAGUUGGCCUGCAAUAAUACUGUUAUUGGGUCCCAGAUGCAGCUGCAGCUGGGACGGGUGACUCGGGUUCAGAAGCACCGGAAGAUCCUGAGGGCAGCAAGAGACUUGGCACUAGAUACCCUUAUAAUUGAGUAUCGAGGGAAGGUUAUGUUACGACAGCAAUUCGAGGUCAAUGGGCAUUUCUUCAAAAAGCCAUACCCAUUUGUGCUGUUCUACUCCAAGUUCAAUGGCGUUGAAAUGUGUGUUGAUGCCCGCACCUUUGGUAACGAUGCCAGGUUCAUCAGGCGCUCCUGCACUCCAAAUGCAGAGGUCCGUCAUGUGAUUGCUGAUGGGAUGAUCCACCUGUGUAUCUAUGCUGUUGCCACCAUUGCCAAGGACACAGAGGUUACCAUCGCCUUUGACUAUGAGUACAACAUCUGCAACUAUAAAGUGGACUGUGCGUGUCACAAGGGGAACCGGAAUUGCCCUGUGCAGAAACGUAGCCCAAAUGCUGCAGAACACCUACCUCCACCUGUUUUAGGCACACUGAUUGGGGCAGAAACACGCCGACGAAAAGCCCGUCGAAAGGAACUAGAAAUGGAACAGCAGAGCGUUGUAUUGGAUGAGAACAUCAGUCAACAAACAGAAGAAGUUCCAGAGGGCCCUGUGGCAGUCAGUGACAAUGAGGUUGCAGAUAAGGAAGAGAAACAAGAAGAGGAGAAAGAGGAGUCUGUAGAUGAACAAGGAACCUUGGUCCACAGCAGACGGUCCCGGGAAGAUAGGAAGGUAGAAGCCAUCAUGCACAUGUUUGAAAACUUGGAAAAGAGAAAGAGGAGACGAGAGCAGCCAUCGGAUCGGAAUAGCACUGAUGCUGAAGUCAGCAUCAAUUCUGAGACUCCUGAGCUGGAGGAAGUAAAAACAGAAACUCCUGAAACUGAGGAUGCAAGUUCAACACUGAGUGCCACUGCUGCUUCAAAUGUCUCUAGCAGUAACAGCAGUACUGGGGUGAACACAAGGCGGUCUUCACAAGUAGUAGCGGAUGUUGUCCCAGAAAAAUCAGUUACUAAACCUGCUCCAGCAAAACCCUCCAGGCCGCGACCAAAAAGUCGAUUCUCUCGAUACCGGACCAGUUCAGCACAAAGACUGAGAAGACAGAAACAAGCCAAUUCCCAGCAAGCUGAACUUGUACAGGCUGUCUCAGAGGAGGGAAGCACUGCCAACUUGGUAACCACAACAGAUGUCACCAGUGUAGAAGGUCCAGGAGAAGGCAGACAGUUGAUGGGAUCUGACCCAACUGUUAUCCUGGCUGCAGGAUCUCAAUCUAACCGGACUGCAGUGAAGUACCCCAAAACUAAAAAGUAUCUUGUUACGGAAUGGCUGAAUGACAAGGCAGAAAAGCAGGAGUGCCCUAUUGAAUGCCCUCUGCGCAUUACUACAGACCCAACAGUUUUGGCAACAACUCUAAAUAUGUUGCCAGGUCUCAUCCACUCCCCGCUAAUUUGUACCACACCUAAACACUACAUUCGUUUUGGAUCACCUUUCAACCCGGAGAGGCGUCGAAGGCCCUUUCUGUUGGAUGGAAUUUACAGCUCCUGUAAAAAGCGCUGGAUCAAACAAGCCCUGGAAGAGGGGAUGACUCAGACCUCACCAGCUCCACAAGAGAACAGGACCCAAUGUCUAUACCAAAGUAACGAGAACAGCAGUUCUUCCAGCAUCUGCAAAGAUGACACAGAUUUGCUGAGUCCCCUGAAGAAAUGGAAGUCUCGCUACUUGAUGGAGCAGAACGUUAAGAAGCUGCUGAGGCCUCUGUCUCCUGUUACCCCUCCGCCUCCCAUCCCUUCAGUUCCUGGCUCAGUGAGCCCACAGCUGGCUACGCCCUGCUCAUCUGUGCCAGGAGAGGAGGAAAGUCGCAAUGGUUAUGGUGUGAUGUUCUCACCAAUUCCUUCUCUGGCUGCUAGUCGCUGCAAUACUCCACUACAGUUUGAGAACGUAUCCUCCCCUGAGAGUUCCCCUGCGCAUAGACCUGAGUCCAUGUCACCUGAGCUCUGCCUCCGAUCUGACGUGGAUUCCAGUGCAAACACCUGCCCAGAACGGCCGUCGCUGCUCAGCUUUGGAUCCUCUGAUCUGGCUCCACAACCUUCCAUAAACUCUACUUCAGAGACAAACUUCCCAGGAAAAAGUGGGGAAGCACAGAUGCUGCUACGAAGCUCUGAUCAGGCUUUUCGGACAGAGUUUAAUUUAAUGUAUGCCUUUUCCCCAUUGAACGCUAUGCCACGUGUAGAUGGCUUGUUGCGGGGAUCUGCCUGUCUGGGCGACAGGAAGCCAGUGAACUCAGAAGCAGGAUGCUGCAGCUCUCCUUCUGAAGGAUAUUUCAGCAGACAUGAGUCAGGACUGCUUAAAGAGACAGCGCAUGGAUCCAUGUCUCCCUGCAGCGAGAGGGCUUGUGAAGGUGUCCGAUCUGCUCCCCAGAAUCCACCACAAAGGAAGAAGGUAUCUCUACUAGAGUACCGCAAGAGGAAGCAGGAAGCCAAGGAGGGAGGCGAUUCAGUGCGAUGCACAGGGACUCCUACCCGGCAGGGCAGCAGUGGUUCUGGGACUGACACAGAUGCCAGCAGCCUGCCAGGCUCUGUAGUACGAACCCCGUCCUCCCCACAAAGUGGCUUCUCCCCUUCUCAUCCUUCCUUGCCUCACGUAGAGGACAUCAGCCCGCCAGACUCAAGGGGGACUAGUUCCUCAGCAUCACUCUGCAAAUCCCAAGAGAACAUCAGCAGCAGGUGGAUGGUCCCAACGUCAGUGGAGAGGCUUCGAGAGGGCCGAGGUAUACUUGAGAAGGUGCUACGAAGUGGUGCAAAGGUAUCCCAGAGAAAUGAAUCCUCACCUACCUGUGACAGCGCUGUUGAGAGAGAUGCAGAUACAGCAGGAGGAGACACUCCAGAAGCCCACAAAGGACCAGCAGUUUACAGUCCUUCUCGAUACAGCUACCAGCUCCUGCAGUCUGACAGUCCCCAGGCAGAGUCGCAGACCCUUCUCCAGCAGAGUUCCUCCCCGUACAGAGGACACCUGACUCCUUCUCCUGGCUACAGCUACCGAGCGGCAGCACAGAGGACAGGACACAGCCUCUCCCACAGUUCCUCAGAAACGUCCCUCUCCUCUUCCUCGUAUUCCAGCCCUGCCCACUUGGUUUCCACAGACUCCUCUGCCCUGUUUGCAGGGAAUUCGGGGUAUUACAGCAGCCAGCAGCAUUCUGGCAGUGCCGGCAGCAGCCUCCUGAAGAAGAGCUGCCCAGCUGCUGCCAGCCCAGCACAGCAAAUGGCGGUGGACUCUCUUUCCUCAGAGUCUGGCUCUCAGCCCUGCACAGGAGCGUCCAGCUCCACCUCAGCCCCCCAAAGCUCUAGGUCACUACAGUCAGACUUGCGGACUAUCAGCCUAGCGAGCUCUGGGCAGUCAGUUCUCUACCAGGGCUCCCGGGGGGCGGUGAUUUCCAGUGCACAACACUACCCACACCGAGGGGGCAGCAGCGUCCAUCAGUACAGACUGCAGCAGAUUCAAGGUUCUGGAGUAAAGACUCAAACAGGACUUUCCUAGGGCUGCUUGGACUCCAGGAGGAACAAAACUGCCCAUAGCUCCUUCCAGUUACCUCUGGAAGUGGCUCCUGGGCCGGUGUUGGGAGGUCGCACCCGAGGCUGGGUGCCGGGGGUCAGAGGCUGAGGUCUGAAUGCACGGGUGAGAUUUGUGAGCAGUAUUGGCCUCUGGCCUUGCAUGAGAAAGCAGAUUUCUCUGAGGCAGAGACUGUAGCAAAGCUGUUCCCUGAUGUGUGAGUACAUUGCAAAAGGAAAAAAAAAAAAAAAAAAAGAAAAAAA